AUGGUUCCUCUCAUCCCCGCGCUCAUCCUCGCUUUCGUGUCUUUUAUAGCUUCAGCCUUUGUUAUACUCCGCAUUGUUAUUCCAAUCCUACCCCCGCAUCCACUCAGCAAGCGUGUUUCACCUGCUGAAUUCGGAUUACCCACCUUCCGCUCUCUCUCACCUGCCGACAAGAGUCACAUCUGGCUGGCAAGUCUCGAUAUCGUCGCCCUCGCCAUUUUCGUUUGGCAAGUAGCUGUUGAAUCCACCUCGGGGCCAACCGGUGGAAUCGCCCUCGCCCUUAACCCUGGAUCAGCAGUUCGACUGUGGAUUGCAGUCACUAUUCGCCAAACAUGCCUCCUCUUCAUCGCUGCAGUUACUCUCCUCCAUGUUCGCAUGGCACAGUCAGUCUCCUUCGGAGGUCGUCACUGGAUGUUGUGGGCGCCGACCGCCCUGUUCGUCAUAACUUCAACCACCGUCGCCGGUGUUCUUUCCGGCAGUGGAGUCCACACGCUGUUCUACGGUCUCACUGCAUAUUCAAUUACCAUUGGUGUCUUGACUGGUGUAUGCUUCGGUUACCUCAUCCGCACAUUGUUCAUUAUCAAGAAAAACCUCGAGGCAAUGAAUGAACCCGAAUCCUGGCCACCUGUGAGGCAAAUGGAAGAGAAACCGAGACCUUCAUUUGCAACUGAAGAGAUCGACGCUAUUCGUGAUGGAGCCUCCUGGAUUACCUCCAACGCCAGCUCGCGAAGAGCCUCCAUGUCGGCAUGGUCGUUCACAACCCAUCAAACAGCUACAACGACCAAUCACGGACAAGGACGCCCACAGAGCGCGAUGCACCCAUCUGUUCCCGCAAAAUCCUCUUUUUGGUUUGGUUCUACGACCGCAAACGACAUUCAAGUUCCGCCUGUUCCCCCUCUCCCGUCUCCUUAUGGCCCAAUGUCUCCAGUGACCCCUGAGUGUGAUCCAUUCAGAAGGUCUCUCCCUCCACUUCCUAACCAGCAAAAGCCCCGAAUGGGAUCACAAAGUUCAUGGCUGACGUCUUCCCAAGGAUCUCACACUACAAUCUCUUCUUGGUCCUACCCCACAACAAUUCACGAUCUUGAAGGAACAACUCCGCGACCCAGUACCCAAGAUUUCCGCACUGCCUAUUCUCCAGGACCGGAAACGGCACGUACAGCAACGCCAGCUAUGGCAGAUGCUCAAGUUUUGGGUGGAUACGGAUACGCACCUGGAGGUAUGGAGGUCGAGAAAGGCCUUGCUUCUUUAGCAGCUCCCCCCGGCACUACGAUUCAAAUUUCAAUGUUGCCUGCCUAUGGAUGGUCAGUUAUGAUUUGCACUCCUCUGUUUUUACCUCUUCCUUACUUUAUUAUCCUUGCACAGAAUUCCACACCUUCUAUGGCGGUGCAGAUUUUAUUCAUAUUAUCUGUAACUUUGUCAUCGCCCCUUUUGGCCCUUAACCUUCUCUUUGGUGCCCACCUCCCAAUUCCUGUCGGUUUGUUCGAUGUUCGCGAGAACCUACCAACAGAUCCCAACCGUGCUCUCGUUCAAGGAAGCCUUCCUACCAACAAAUUCUCACAUGAGUACAAGCGCAGCACUAGCUGCAGUGUUACAGUUGUUGAAGGUCGUCGUAGCGGGGAUGUCUGGCUCAGCAAAGGUGAUGCCGUUGACGGCAAAGGAAAGAUCGGAAGGGCAGUCAGUAUGCUCACGGCCACGCCCAAACUUUCUGUGCUUCCUCUUGAAGAACCUCACGAUGAGUAUGACAUGCCACCAGUUCCAUUUAAAGAGGAUUCUGGUCCAGUCCACGUCAAUGGCACACCACAAUCUGACAAUAGUGUUCAGUUCGGAAGAUUCAGGCCAGAGUCCAAGGCUAGCUCUCACCUUUCCGCUGGGGAUGAAAGUAUGGCUUUCGCAAGUCGUAUUAUGGUUGCCCAGAGACAUUACUCUGCUCUUGCUCAGACUCUUCACGUAGCUGGAGCAGGAAAUAGCGUUUCUGGUGGUGCUCGGGAUUCCAUUGGGGUAAACACACUGGUUAGCGUUGCAUCCGGUGCGGCAACCAACAAACGUGCCAGUCAAUCGUCUCAUCUGCGCUCGCGAUCCGUAACUUCGACCAAUGCACCCGAUACACCAACUAGCCAAGAACGAUUUAACAUCAGUCCACCACCGUCAUUCCCUCUUCCUCCUACACCUCCUAAUGUCAGGGCCACACGUUUAGCUAUGCUCGCGCACAAGAAAUCGUUCUCCUCUGGACAAAGCUUUUCCUUCAAUGCCGUCGAUGACAUUAACGAAAUUGAUGCUCUGACUGCUGGUGUUCUCCCGCUCCUUAUUCCUGGCCUUACACUUGGUGAUGAUAUCAAGAUCAAGAAUGGUGACUACGCACCGCCUGCCUCAUAUAGCAAGGGAAAGGGUCGGAAGGCGGGAAAGAAACUCAAGGAAUUCGGAGAGGAUUUUUCGUCUCCUGAAGUGCACUCUACCCCUGCGCGAACUCGCCUCCCCCGAGGACGUAAGGAAUCUGGACAUAAAAGGAACCACUUCAGUCUCCCUAGCCUCAGUCUUGGCAAGGAUCAUAUGCAUUCUCUGGCAGCCUGGAGCACAGAUAUUCGGAACGCUCUGGAAAGCAAAGUCGGCCAAUACACUGCAGUUCCAAGUAACGUCGAUAUCAACCGCCGCAACACCGUUUUAGGAGUCGAAACUGCCCUCUCGCAGCUGCAAGUGGUUGAAGAGGAGGAGGAGAAAUUUUCAAAGGCCAAUCUCGGACGUUCUAUGUCAACUCGAUCGCUCGGACUUCGCGCAGACGUUCCUCACAACGUGGAUUCUGAUACCGCACGUUCAUCAGUUAUUAGCAUCUCCAACAUGCCUCCAUCUGCUGCCUCAACCGUCACACUGUUUGAAGAGUUCGAGGCCGGAUUGUUGGCCGAGCCUCAGGGCGAGAGUACUCCUCACCAGAGCACUUUGACGAAGAAGUCUGCACCGCGCCAACAAAGAACCUCGCUGCUCGAAAAACGUCGUUCCGCCAUCCGAUACAUCAAGUCCGACAACGACCAAAAUCAACCUACUGUGCAAUCCUCGGAGCAAGUCAUUGAAGAAAUUGAAAAUGCUGGACCUUCUACCAUAUCCUCUAUUGCGCAAUGGUCUUCGCGCGCUGUCCAACCGCUAAUGCCGAAAGUAAUUAAUCAACUGGCCCGUAGUCCGUCGGACGCAUCCUCGCCUAAAGAAGGCUUGCGCAAGCUGACUCUUCUACAAGACCGCGACAGUACUAGUGGACCGGCUAAAAUUAAGCCAUUGACAUUGGUCGGGAAACGCCAGAAGAUGCGCGCAGCCGCUCAAGACGAGAAUGCUGCUCCAGGACCUGCACCUGCUCCGCGCAAUAAGAAUCACAAGGCAUUGACGCUCGCUCGCUCUGAUACAAGCAAGAUGCGAGGGAUUCUGCGCAAGAAUGAGAUUCUUCCUGAUGUUGUUGUCCGUCCACCUUCUAUGUCGGAGCACAACGCUUUCUCCUACAGUUUCCGUGAUUGA